UUUUUUUCUUACAAAAGAUCCAAUCUAUCUCAAACUCCUCUCCAUCUUUUCAUACACUCAUUGACCAUAACACAUCUCCUCAUCAUCAAACCCUCCGAUUAACAUCAAUGGGAUUCAAACCAUUUCUUGAAGGUGGCAUCGCCGCAAUCAUCGCCGGAGCUUUGACUCACCCAUUAGACCUCAUCAAAGUCCGUAUGCAGCUCCAAGGAGAACACUCUUUCUCUCUCGACCAAAACACUAACCAUAAUCUCGAUCUUAAUCUUCCCGUUAAACCGUAUAGACCUGUUUUUGCUCUUGACUCUCUCAUCGGCAGCAUCUCCUUGUUACCUUCAUCCACGCCCGCUCCGUCUUCCUCUACGCGCUCCAGCAUGACCCCUUUCGCCGUUGGGGCCCACAUUGUCAAAACCGAAGGACCCGCCGCCCUCUUCUCCGGCGUCUCCGCUACUGUCCUCCGUCAGAUGCUUUACUCCGCCACUCGUAUGGGUAUUUAUGACUUUCUUAAACGGAAGUGGACGGAUCGACUCACCGGUAACUUCCCAUUGGUUACAAAGAUCGCAGCUGGACUCAUCGCUGGAGCCGUCGGAUCCGCCGUCGGGAACCCCGCUGACGUGGCAAUGGUGAGAAUGCAAGCCGACGGACGUUUGCCGUUUCACCGCCGCAGAAACUACAAGAGCGUCGUGGAUGCGAUAGAGCGGAUCGUGAGACACGAAGGCGUCUCGAGCUUAUGGCGUGGCUCGUGGCUAACCGUGAACCGAGCGAUGAUCGUGACGGCUUCUCAGCUCGCCACGUAUGACCACGUCAAAGAAAUCAUGAUCGCCGGAGGCCGUGGUACGCCGGGAGGAAUCGGAACGCACGCGGCGGCGAGUUUCGCCGCGGGGAUUGUUGCGGCGGUGGCGUCGAAUCCGAUAGACGUCGUGAAGACAAGGAUGAUGAAUGCGGAGGCGGAGAGUUACGGUGGACCGUUGGAUUGUGCGGUGAAGACUGUGGCGGAGGAAGGACCGAUGGCUUUGUAUAAGGGGCUUGUUCCGACGGUGACGAGGCAAGGACCGUUCACGAUGAUCUUGUUCGUUACGUUGGAACAGAUUCGUGGCUUGUUAAAAGACGUUAAGUUUUGAUUAGUUAAGAUGAUUAUUAAAUUUUGACCAUAUUCUAUCAAGUUGCAUGCAUGCAUUUAUUUCUCAAACAUUUUGUAAAUGUUUAUAUCUUGAUUUAAUGUUUUUAUCGAACGGUUUAAUGCAUAA